GCUGGCCCUGGCCAAGAUGGCAAGGCCGGCAAAGAUGGCAAGGCCGGCGACGGCAAGGCCGGCAAAGACGGCAAGGCUGGCAAGGCCAAAGACAAGGCUGGCAAGGCCAGCAAAGAUGGCAAGGCUGGCAAGGGCGGAAAGCACGCCCAGGAUGGCAAGGACGGCAAGCGCGGCAAGGACGGCAAGCGCGGCAAGGACGGCCGGGGUGGCAAGGAUGGCAAGGAUGGCAAGCGUGGCAAGGACGGCCACGCUGGCAAGGACGGCAAGCGUGGCAAGGACGGCGGCAAGGACGGCGGCAAGGACGGCAUCAAGCAGGAGCUCAAGGGUGGCAAGGCUCCAAAGCCGUGGCGGGCAUCAUCAAAGCCGAGCCAGGGCGAGAGCAGCAGCAUGGAGGGCAAGAGCGACAGGUGGGGUGGUCGCUACGUGCCUGAUGGCUACAAGACUGCCGAUGGGCAGUUCUUUCCGCUACUUGGCAUGUCUCG